AUGUAUGGAACAAAUCAAUUUGAAAAUGAAACAGCUAAACAAAUGAUUAUAACUCGUUUACCUUAUUUAACACGUUUAAAUAGAGUUUUAAUUAGUCGAAAUGAAAGACGUGGAGCUGAAAUUGAUUAUUUACAACGUUAUGCACAAGAUUAUUUUGAUAAAAAAUUAGAUUUUAUUCAUGAACAUAGACAAUAUCAACAAUUAAUUAUUAAACAUGCAGAACGUUUUUCACCAAAUCAAAAUCAAGUUAAUACUUUUCUUUAA